UAUCGAUAACGUAAUUAGAAAAGUGUUGCCGGAAUUCUUCACAUGUUCAAAACUUCACAAUAGAUUUCUAGUGUUUAAAAUUGAAUUAUUCCAUUCUUGUUAUUUACCAAUUUUAUAGUACAAAGUAGCAAAUUGCCUUCUUUAUAAUAAAAAUGAAUGUCAGUUGCCUUCUGCGAUGUAGAAAUUUUUUGAAAUGUAUUCAAAAUGCUGCUAUUAGAAAUUCAUCUUCUUCAAAAGAAAGAGUUAAAUCUAUCUCUGCAUAUCAUGAGACAUACAGCAAGAUUAAAGCACAACAAACACCAACUGCAUUUGAUUUCAAACCUUUAUACUUGGAUAUGCAAGCAACUACUUCUUUGGAUCCAAGAGUCUUGGAUGACAUGUUACCAUACCUUGUUUCAAACUAUGGAAACCCUCAUUCAAGGACUCAUGCUUAUGGAUGGGAGAGUGAAGCUGCAGUUGAAAAGGCCAGGAAGCAAGUUGCUGAUUUGAUAGGUGCUGAUCCAAAAGAUGUCAUAUUUACAAGUGGAGCAACAGAAUCAAACAAUAUAGCAGUAAAAGGUGUUGCACAUUUUUAUGCUGAAAGAAAAAAGCACAUUAUUACUACACAGAUUGAACACAAGUGUGUACUAGAUUCUUGCAGAGUUUUAGAAACUGAAGGAUUUGAUGUUACUUAUUUGCCUGUACAACAGAAUGGUAUUCUGAAUAUGGAGACACUUGAAGCAGCUAUUCGUCCUGAUACAUCUUUAGUCUCAGUGAUGAUGGUAAAUAAUGAAAUCGGAGUUAAGCAACCUGUUAAAGAAAUUGGUGCUUUGUGCAGGAAGAAAAAAAUAUUCUUUCAUACAGAUGCUGCUCAGGCUGUUGGGAAAAUUCCUGUAAAUGUCGAUGAUAUGAACAUUGAUUUGAUGUCUAUCAGUGCUCAUAAGAUUUAUGGUCCAAAAGGUGUUGGUGCCUUAUAUGUUAGGCGCAGACCCCGUGUAAGGGUUCAGCCUAUUCAGAGUGGUGGAGGGCAGGAACGAGGAAUGCGAAGUGGAACUGUUCCAACACCUUUGGUGGUUGGUUUUGGCACUGCUUGUGAAGUAUCUGGAAAGGAAAUGGAGUAUGACUCAAAAAGGAUUGAAAAACUAUCUAAAAGACUGGUAAAUGGAAUAAUGUCUCAAAUACCUGAGGUUAUACGAAAUGGUGAUCCAGAGAUGUCUUAUCCAGGUUGUGUAAAUCUGUCAUUUGCAUACAUUGAAGGUGAAAGUCUCUUAAUGGCUCUGAAAGACAUUGCUUUGUCAUCAGGAAGUGCAUGCACAUCUGCUUCAUUAGAACCUUCUUACGUUUUAAGAGCAAUUGGCAGUGAUGAAGAUUUAGCUCAUUCCUCUAUAAGAUUUGGAAUUGGAAGAUUCACAACUGAAGAAGAAGUCGAUUAUACUAUUGAGAAGUGCAUACACCAUGCAACCAGAUUAAGAGAGAUGAGCCCCCUGUGGGAAAUGUAUCAGACAGGAAUUGAUAUUAAAUCAAUUCAGUGGUCACAACAUUAAAGUUUAUCCCUGUAAAUAUUUUAAUAUGAAGGCUUGUAUAUAAGAAAAUCAUGGGCAUAGAAACCAGCAUAUGUAUGUCUGUGAUAAAAUGCAAAUCUACUAAGACUAAAGUGGAUUUGUAUAUCUGUCUGAAUCAACAGUAUGGAUAUAUAAAGGCUCUAAAUUAUGUAAUAGCCUGGUAAAUGAAAAAGCAACUACUUGUCAUUAUUAAAGUUUUAUGGUAGAGGUCAAAACAUCAUGAACUGUUAUUUAAUUUAUGAACAACUUGCUGCUGAUUCAGGUUCUCUUCACAAAUGCUAUUCAGCAUAGAGCUAUAUUCAACUGUAUUUCUUAUUUUAGUAUAUAUACAUGUACAUA